AUGCGAUCAGCUCUGCCCGUGCCCUCCAAAGGCGCCCUACGAGCCCUCCGCAGCCUCGCCCUGGGAACAUCCUGCACCGUUGCCUUCGGUGCUGGCAUGAUAACUGAAGACCGACGACGUCGAAUUCGUUCUGCUCGAGAAAUACACGACAAUGCCCAGAAGAUCAAAGAAUCGAGGAAUUAUUAUAGUGAUGGGAGAGCACUGAUUGAUACGUUGGAUGAUCGUAUUAUAGAUGAUGCUAUAUGGCUUGCUGGGGAUCCGAAGUUGAAGAAGUUGAUCAAAGAGACGAAUUUGGCUUUGCAAGAGGAGGAAGAGAAACUACGCACGACUGUAACCCUGCCUGCUUCUGAACUACCACAACCCCAAGAUCUGAAGUCCGAAUCGAAACCUUUUCCUUCCGCGUCAACUAUUGGCCGCCCCUCUCAACUCUGGCUGUACAAUGAAUGGAAGGGGGUCCCAAAGUCAAAGGGAGAGGACCUAUCCCCAAAUUCAUCCGAAAGCCUCGAUCUGGCAGUAGCCUCUCCACAGGCACAUGUGCCACAAAAGCUGGUCCACAAUCGCCAACACAGGCUUGCCAGUGAUAUCUCUAGACUUUUGCAAGAUCCCGAAGACCCAGAUAAUGUUGAGGCUGCAGCCUUACGAUUCUUCGAUGCUUUUGAGCAAGGGGUGCCUAUUGGUGAUGAAGGAAUCAUACCAUUUUUAAUUGAUUCUGCCGCCAAUCUCUCGGAGCUCUGUAGGAAGCAUUCAAAGUUUUCUCACGCUGAGAGAGUCCUCGAUAUUGUUCUUACGCGUCCCCCUAUAGACGAGGCAACAUUUCAACGAUUUCAGCCUCUUAAAGUCAUUUCGAAUUUGAUAUCAAGAACGGACGUGGCCAAUACUUUACCUCUCCCAAAAUACAAGCUCAGAAAGGCCUCAUCCUUGUAUCUCCUUCCUGAGUCCAGACUCAGAAAAGCUACGUCAAUAUAUCUCAUGGAAUUCAAGGAGAAGCCCGGUAUUCCAGCAAAUCCCAAACUAUAUUACUCAAUUGGCGAGAGACUUUGUCGUGAGACAUGUCUAGCCGGCUUGCAUGAUCUCACACACAAGGUGUAUUUUCGUGCCCAACUCGGACGUCAAGGUCUUCGGCCGAUUGGUGUCGAUUCGCUCAUAACAGCAACCAGCGCUAUGGGGCGUCACAAGAGGAUGUUUCGCUACUUUAAGGCUUUCUAUAGUCAAACAUCUCCAGAUCAAGUGCAGCUCUACAAUAUUAGCGAUCAGGUUAUCAAUUCUGUCCUCAAAACUGGCAAAAUGGAACAGGCCGAAGAGGUUCUCUUUAUUGUCAAUCGAAUGGCGAAUGAAGGUGGAUUCGCAAGCUCGACUACCCCUAUACUCAAGGUCCUAGGACAUCAAUGGAGAUCUACUCGAGAUUUUUCCAAGAUCGAAGAGUUGUUUAAAAGACUGGAGCCACUUGUUCAUUCUGCAAACCAUCCCCAAGCCGCUUACGGUGCUAUUAUCCAGUACUGCGUCGAGGCGAGCAAAGAAAACGAGGCUCAAUCAUAUUAUGCCGAUUACCGACAGAGAUAUACACCUGCCCAAGCUGAUAUCCGUAUCUACGGGCAUUUCACACUUGCUAAGGCUAUGCGAAAUGAUUGGGCAGGCGCUAUUGAAGAUCUACAAAACAUGGCUGUUCUCGUCACCCCUCAGAAUCAGGGUGAAUAUGAAAGCUCCUUCGUUCCUGUUUUGAAGCUCUUCGCGAAAUCUCAUCCCGUCAAUGAGGUUGAAGACUUUGUUCAAGACUUUAUUGACAAUCAUCAAUUGCAUUUGACAGACUACAUUUUGAACUUUAUGAUCAAGGUUUAUGCGAAGGCAAAAGAGGUUGAUGCUUUGGUUGGUUGGGUAGAGUAUGCGAACUCAGUCGGCUGCCCAAUUGAUGCAGUUUCUGUCAAUACAAUCCUUCACAACUGCCAUCAAUCGUGGAACUUUUCGUUCCAGGAAGUUCACGUGCUCUAUUGCAAGAUUCGCAAGGUGGCCAAUUCUCGAAACACUUCAGACAAGGACACCCUGGAACUACUUGCCCGUAUUGCAUUGUCAAAUUGUCCUAAUGAGAUUGAAGCUGGGAGAAGAUUGAAGUUGCUGAAGGAAUUUGGCAGAUCUAAGCAGUUGUGGGACGGGCCAGGGGUCAUCCGAGCUAUGGCUUCCUCAUUUGCAAGAGGAGAGCCCGCUGCGACACUCAAGAUCUAUGGGCUUGCCAUCGAAAAGCGUGUCUUGCUUAGUUCGAGGCAUAUUCUUCUGGCUAUACGAGCGUCAUUGCAACUUCACGAGAGCGAUGUCAGCGAGGCAGUUCGCUUGAUCAAAGAUGCGCAGCAAUUCGGAAAAGAUGUCUCCCUGUCAGUUGCAGCGCUACUUAUUCACCAACUGGACCAAAUAGAUCACCAGUCCAAUUCCCUGGCUGACGAGAUUUUACAUUUUGGCGAAACAGCUAUUUCUACUCUAGAGGAGAACGGGAUCAAGAUUUCGCAGGCAAUUUUGAAUCACACAAUGAGUCAACUAGAAAGAAGUGGCGAAUAUAGCAUGGCAAUAGAGUUCUGGAAAUCCAUGUGCCGCCGCUUGAAGAUCUCAAAUUCGGCAAUCGAGCUCGAAACGCUUACCACCCUACUCAAGACGUACAUUCAGCUUGAAGAUGGUGUGGGAAUUCGGUGGGCGGUGCAUAUGCUUGAAGCAAACGGCAUCGCACCCGACAAACGGUUCUACCUGUACGUGAAGAUGGCCCGCAAAGAAGUACAGAGAGAUUCAGAGUCGCCGAGAGGUUACCGUAUUAGCAGUGGCUUCAUGAGCUCUCUUAUGUAUGCUACAACACGAGUGGCAGUCUUGCGAAAGCAGGAGACAAAAGAGAAGGAACGCGUGAAGCAAUUAACUGUAGAUAUCAUCGAAAGGGCGAUCGGAAGUCAAGAACGAGGUGGUGCCAUUGUUUUGGAACGACAAGCAAAGCGUCCACGCAACGAACCACGGAUGGAGGACAAUGAAGAGUCAAUCGCGGCUCCGAGGAAAUCACCUCUUGAUAUGUGUGAAGCUUACCUGUCUGUUUCUAGAGAAUUCAUCGGCUUACGAGAGCGGAACCAAGUCCGGCGCGUCGACAGCCAACUCGACCGCGUGCAUCUCAUCCCCAGCCUCACCACCACCACCACAACAAACACCUCCACAAUCCCCCGCAUCAUCUCCCUCCAAUCAACAAUCCAAUCGCUCUCCACAACUACCUCUUCUUCCCCGCUUCUCACGCCGUACCACAUUCUCUCCCUCCUGUCCUCCACCUCACUUUCAACCCACCCCUCCACCACCACCACAUCAAGGUACGAAACUGAACUCGAAUGGCUACUCGUCAGUAAAGCCACCGUCCAGAUCUACGGCCUCUUGCUAGGAACACUUCUUGAGCAGACAAUCCCGCUAAAUGAGGAGUUGUGGUAUUGGGAUGAGGUUCUUGGGAGUUAUGGUUGGAGUGGGGUUUAUGCGAUCCAGACCAGUCCGGGACGUUGGUGGGGAUGGGGAUGGGAUGUUUUUGAAGACACUAAAACACGCGUGGCAAAUUUACGGGAGUCGAAUGGUGAAGAUGCGGGUAUUAGAAAGGCAGGGGAAGGAGUGGGGGAUAGUUGGAGGAGAUUUUACGGACUUGUGAAGGAGAGUGUGAGGGAGCGCAGCGUGGCCGAUAUCCAGAGACGAGUUCUCAGUCCUAUUGCGCUUUGUAGGGAGGAAGCAAGGGUGAAGCAGGCGAAAUUGAGGAGGCUGAGGGAGAUGGGCGCUAGUGGGCUGGGCGUGUUGAUGGAUGAGGGGUUGAGCUUUAAUUUUGGUGAUGAAAGUACAGUUAUCUCCAAAACAGAGGAGGGUGAUAGUCGAGAGUGGAAAGUUGUGGUGGAGAAGAGUAUUGCGCUUAUGGACGUUGUUCUACAGAACGUCACUACGCUAGAAACGGGCGUCUCGGACUUCGAGGAUGCAGUAUUUGCGAGUGUGGAAGAUGAUCCGGAUGUCUCGGCCAUGGGAGCAGAUGAGGAUCAAGUUGGUAGACCGGCGAAGCUUUCGAUGAGACUUCAGCAUAUUCUGGAGGUUCAUGUGCCGAAUCAUAUGGCUAGCUCUCAAAAGCUGGUAGCUGAAUAUGGCAGACCAUCGAGAAUUGUGCGCUAUUGGCUCCCUGCCAGCAUUUUACUCUUAUCUUCGACGACAUUACUACGGAUAGUUGUGAAUCGAAAGGCAGAGAUUAUCUCCUGGAUCAGAGACCUCGGUGCUACAGUACGAGAUUUCUGGUUUAACUGGGUUAUUGAGCCAAUGAAGAAGGUUAUCGGCACUAUUCGCCAUGACAAAGAGAGCGAGGUUGCUAUCAUGAGCAAGGAAAGUUUGAAAGGCGACAGAGACAGUCUCGAGAGGAUGGUCGUUGAGUUUGCGAUCGACAAUCCCAAGAACUCGGGUGUGGGAACUGGUGCUCUAGACGAAGCUCAGAUUGCGGAGGUCAGAGCCAAGGUAAAGGAAGGGGAUCUCACUCCUAUCUUGAAGGCUUAUGAAAAGGACCUGCGGAAGCCAUUCAUGGGAACUGUUCGAGGGGAUCUCAUACGGACACUGUUAAUUCAAGUCCAGAAGACAAAGGUCGACGUCGAAGUUGCCCUCAGCGGCAUCGAUGCCUUGCUCAAGAGUCAAGAGUUAGUCUUUGGUUUCGUCGGCUUAACACCCGGCGUCUUGGUCUGCUUUGCAGCAUUCCGUUAUCUUGGUGGGGUAUUUGGGAACAGGAGGGGGAUGAAGCAAGGUCGAAAGGCUGGCCAGACAGUGCGAGUCCUUCGAAAUAUCGACCGAAUCCUCACUCUAGCUACCCCAACGCAAAACAACUUGCUAUCAUACAAAGACCAUGGUCUACUACUUUGCGAAGUUCAUAUCCUCCGGAAGCGCGCCCAUAGACUCUUCCCAGGAGAGAUCCAGCGGGAAUUCCUCGAGGACGUUGGUGACUUGUGUAAUAUCAACAGUGGCAUCCACCAGCAGCUCAAGGUUCUUGAGCGCAUUAGAUGGGAAGUUUUUGUGACUUUCGGAGUUAAGCAUUACAUUAUCUUGGACUUUGCGACUCUACGAAUAACGCAGCCUGCUGUUCCAUUCUCGACACACGACCGCGGACUUUUGAUUGUAGCCCCUUUAAUUGCACGACCACGAGAACCACGAACGCAACCUCAAAGAUCCCUCUACAAUCAGUGUCAUCAUCCACGCAUCAAUCCCAUCAACCUUCUCCCCUCAGAGAACCCUGACCCACCCACCUCCUGUACCCCACAGCAUCUACCGCUACGUCGCAGUGUCGCACAGCCUAAGAGACAUCACAUCGAGCCUGUUCUUCUGUCAACAUACGCGAUCACCUUCAAGAUGGCCGGGACGCGCAAUUAUGACUUCCUGAUUAAGCUGCUGCUGAUCGGCGACUCGGGUGUAGGCAAAUCCUGCUGUCUCCUACGGUUCAGUGAAGACUCGUUCACGCCGUCCUUCAUCACCACCAUCGGUAUCGACUUCAAGAUCCGGACCAUCGAGCUGGACGGGAAGAGAGUGAAGCUCCAGAUAUGGGACACGGCCGGACAGGAAAGGUUCAGGACUAUCACAACUGCUUAUUACAGAGGUGCCAUGGGAAUCUUACUAGUCUACGAUGUCACUGAUGAGCGCUCCUUCAACAACAUCCGAACCUGGUUUUCGAACGUCGAGCAACAUGCCACAGAAGGCGUGAAUAAGAUCCUCAUCGGCAACAAGUGCGACUGGGAAGAUAAGCGAGUGGUUUCUACAGAGAGAGGACAACAGUUGGCAGACGAGCUCGGUAUUCCUUUCCUUGAGGUCUCGGCGAAGAGCAACAUCAACGUGGAGAAGGCCUUCUAUAGUCUUGCGGCAGAUAUCAAGAAGCGAAUCAUUGAUACGGCGAAAACGGAUCAGGCAGCUUCCCAGGGAGUAGAUGUUGGCGGGCAAGGAAGCGGAAGUGGAAUGGGGUCCAAGUGCUGCUAG